AUGAGACCUCUACCUGAUGAUGAGAAGGAGGCUCAGUCAGUAAACAAUUUGCUAGUAGUUGGAGAAAAGGAGUUCAUGAAGACUCUCAAGGAGAAGAACACUCCAUGCUUUGCCAUCAUAGUGAAGUCUAAGAGGGAAGAAAAAGAAAGAGAAGAGGAAGGUAAAGAACCAUUGAGGAAUGUGGAACCCAAGGAGGUACAAGACUUAUUGAAUCAGUACAAAGAUGUGAUUGCAGACAGUAAGACUGAGACUCUACCACCAAUUAGAGAUGUGAAUCAUUGCAUUGACUUUAUACCAAGGUCUACACUACCAAACAAAGCAGCAUACAAACUUACUCCAGAUCAGAAUGAGGAGUUAGCAAGACAAGUUGAAGAGUUAUUGAGGAAAGGGUUUAUAAGGAGAAGUAUUAGCCCUCGUGCAGUACCAGUAGUGUUGGCUCCAAAGAAGGAAGGUAAGGAUAAAACGCCGCCUCAGGUUAGGAACAAGUCUAAUCCAACUUUGGAUUUCUCCACUCCUCGACAUACCCGGUCAUGA